AUGGCUCGCUCGCGAGGUGGCGCGGCCAGGGGUGGCGCACCCGGGUCUGCAGGCAGAGCCUCAGUUUGGGGUAGACGCCGACCCCGAGGUCGAGGCAGGGCCGUAGCACCAGCCCGAGAUAGGGAGGAGGAGCCUCAGGCAGCAUAUGUACCUCCACAGCCGGUAGGGCCGGGGCCAGCCCAGCCACCACCUGCACCAGCUGCAGCUGCAGCUCCUGAUCUUCAUGCUCUGCUGACUCAGAUACUAGCAGCUAUUGGGGAGAUGCGACAGACACCAGCCCCAGCAGCACCAGCACCAGCUCCAGCGCCGCAGGGUCAGUCUGCCGCAGCGGCACUAGAGGUUCAAACGCCACCAGUUCAUGUGGCUGUCGUGUCAGACUUAUAG